AACGGCGGACACGUGUACCGGCCAGUGGCGGCGCGGAGCCUUCUGGGAGCCGUAGUCCUUGGCGCGCGGCAGAGCCGUAGGGCUGCGGGAGAGGAAACAGGCCCGAGAACUACAACGGAGGGCGGGCGGCUUGAAGCGGGAAGUGAAGGCGGAGAAUCGGCUCCCUGUGCCGGCUGUGCCCGGGGCUGGUGCUUUGGAGGCACCCGACAGUGGCACGAGCGGGUCCUUUGCAGGAUGCAUCCCGGGCUGGCCGUGGGGCUGGUGUUCAGCGGGUGCUGCAGCAACGUUGUUUUCCUGGAGCUCUUGAUCAGAGAAUUGCCAGGAUGUGGGAACUUGGUAACAUUUGCACAAUUCUUCUUCAUAGCUGUCGAGGGUUUCAUUUUCGAAGCAAACUUUGGAAGGAAGAGGGCAGCCAUCCCAAUCAGGUACUAUCUGAUCAUGGUGGCCAUGUUCUUCACGGUCAGUGUGGUGAACAACUAUGCCCUCAACUUGAACAUAGCAAUGCCGCUGCAUAUGAUAUUUAGAUCGGGAUCCCUGAUAGCAAACAUGGCUCUGGGCAUCGUUAUUCUGAAGAAAAGGUACACUGUCUCCAAAUACACCUCCAUAGCUCUGGUCUCUCUGGGGAUCUUCACCUGCACCUUCAUGUCAGCAAAGCAAGUGAGUUCUACGUCGAGCACAGGUAAAGAUGAAGAGAGUGUCUCUGCUUUCAUCUGGUGGCUGCUAGGUAUUCUUGCAUUGACCUUUGCCCUCCUCAUGUCGGCCCGGAUGGGAAUCUUCCAGGAGACCCUCUAUAAGAAAUUUGGCAAGCACUCCAAGGAAGCCCUUUUUUACAAUCAUGCUCUCCCUAUCCCAGGCUUCCUGCUUUUGGCUCCUGACAUCUACAAGCACGCUCUGCUCUUCAACAAGUCUGAACUCUUCCAAGUUCCAGGCACUGGGCUCAGCUUGCCUGUUAUGUGGUUCUACCUCAUCAUGAACAUCAUAACUCAAUACGUUUGCAUACGUGGAGUCUUCAUCUUGACCACGGAGUGCACCUCCCUGACAGUCACGCUGGUGGUGACGCUGCGGAAGUUCGUCAGCCUCAUUUUCUCCAUCCUGUACUUCAGGAACCCCUUCACUGUCUGGCACUGGAUAGGCACCCUCUUUGUCUUUGUGGGGACUCUGAUGUACACGGAAGUGUGGAACAAUCUUGGGCCUCUUCUGGACCGGAAGGGAAAGGAGGAAGAGGAGGUGAAGAAGCAGGAGUGACAAUGGAUACCUCCGCCUGGCAAAGAGGAUGGGUUCUGUGCUGAAAGGUGGGCCGAUCCUGGCUUGACUUCUCCUCUAUGGUGCAGAGCUGCAGAAGAUUCCCUUCUCAUGGAAGUGAGGGGUUGAUUUUUGUAAUACAAAAAUAACUGAUUUUGGCUAUGCCAAGCGGACGGACGAGUCCCGUGGAAUGGGGAAGGGGGGGUCCUCUCUCUUUUAAUUUUGUUGUAGCUGCUGAGGUAACAAACCAAACGUGGAUGAGGUGAAACCUGCCGUGGCUCUGCUCCAGACAGGUCUAAUUUUUGUCCCAUGUGUGUUUUGGUGCCACCCACCCGUUAAGAUGACAGCUGUCACGCAGUGUGGUUUGCGCAUCAGCAAUUCAGGGUGAGAGGCUUUAAGGCCCAGUCGCCAUCUUGAAAAACCAAAAGGACGUUGGGUAAGGAAGGCCAGAUUGCUGCACCCCAAAGUUGCCACAAGGUGACUUGUAUACCCCUCUACGUUUUCUUAUUUUGAGUGCAACCUCACAGAGGCCCAUCUGCACAAUACAUUUAAAGCACUGCGAUACCACUUUAAGCAAUCAUGGCUUCCCCAAAGAAUCCUGGGAACUGUAGUAUAAGAGUGCCAAGAAUUAUUGGGAGACCCCUAUUCCCCUCAUAGAGCUAUGGUUCCUGGGGUUCCCUGUGAAGUAGGAUUGACGGUUAAACCACUCUGGGAAUUGUAGCUUUGUGAGGGGAAUAGGGGUCUCCUGAAAACUUUCAGCACCCUUCACAAACUACAGAUCCCAGGAUUCUUUGGGGGAAGUCAUGACUGCAUAAAGUGGUAUGACACUGCUUUAAAUGUGCAGUGCGGAUGGCGCCGGAAUGGGAGGUGGUGUUCAGCACGGUGGAUCAAGCCCUUGACUCAAGGCUUGCUCCUGUGGUGAUGGUGGGUAACCUCUCUUGCAACAGAAGUGUACCUGCGGUGAGAUUAUUCACCACUCGAAAGCUUGUUGCAAUGACUGUAACAUCAUAAAACAACCGUGUAAAGAUUUAAGUCAAAUACUGUCGACUUUCUGCAGGGCUCUGAUGAGGGCAAAUCUUAACGGCUUGUCCUCAUGCGCUGCUUUUUGAUACUUCUGAAGAGGAUAUAGCUAGCUAGUGCAGAUACUAUUCAAAGCUUACUUUCAGAGUAGGAAUUGGGUGCUAGUCUGGUGAUUCAAAUCUUUAGCAUGUGGAUGUUCUGCUAAGAAACGUACAUGGCCCAAAACUGGUUCUGUGUUGAUUGGGUUGACCAACGGUCUAGUUCUCACUGAGGUGGGAAACCUGUCGUCCUAUGUGGUAAACACAAGACACAGGUUGGGGCCCGCAUCACUGAAAGCUACUCCCUAUCAACCUGCUCCCCCCAAAAAACCCUCUCCAUAUGGAAAACUAGAUGCCAGGGAAAAGAGUUCUAAUCUAGCCUUUACCCUACCGUGAUAUGCAAGGUCUUUUUUUCUCAGGAGGGGUAGGGAAGAAUUCUAACCUAUAUUUUGCUCUGACGAUGCUUGUUUUCUUUCUGCAAGGAAUUAUCUUUUGUAGAAAGAACCAGGCACAAAUUCUGGGUGCAUUUUGGUCAACAUUGAUUUUGCCCUAUAAUAUUUUCUUGUAAGUGGGGACCCUCCCAGAUCUUUGGAAAAACUUGGGGACAGAACAGUGGGCAUAUGGAAGCCUCUUUAGACUUCUUUCCCAGGAGGCACUUCAAAGUCUGUUACCACAAGGCAGUUCUGCUUCAGCGGUGACUUCCAGAGCAGUCAGGCUGUUUUCUGGGUCUAGCUACCUUUCUCCAGAUCUAGUUCCAGGUUUGAUGGGGGGGGGGGCUCUGGUGGGAUGACUCCUACUUCAGCGGAUUCUGAAGGUGGCCAACAGCAACACUCCGAUUUGGCACAAGGCCGUGGUGAGCCAUCAUUAGUAUUUCCCACAGUGCCUCUGACAUAGUGUCUCUCUGGGGCAUUGUGGGAAAUGAAAAUGGCAGCUUCCAGAGCCAGCUGCCUUUUAAAAGGAGGGCUCGAGGCAUGCCUCAGAGGUGGACCCUGCUGGGGCCCUGGGAGCUGCCCUACUAUGCCUCCUGCUGAUGCCGGCCUGGUCUUUCACCUUGGUGAACAAGUGACACAUAGACUUGGUUCACACGUAGCAACAAACCAUAUUUUGCCAUUGCAUGCCAGAGCCUUGUUCUCCCCCCCCUGCCCUGAGUUCCAGUUCCACCCUGUGCUUCCUCUUAUGACAAACUUACAUGUCAGAAUUUGGAAGCCAUGAUCAGAUUGGUUUCCAGUUCUGCUUUUCAGGCAAACUUAUGGCAAGCCAAUAAAAAAAAAAAAGUACGGGGGAAGAGAACCGGCCACGAAACAAGAAAAGUACCCUCCAGCUGCUUGAAAGCCUAUUUUAUGUUUUAAAAAUUGUAAAAAUAUUUUUAACACAAACUAACAUAGUAGUUUUAUCUCCUGCUUAUUUAGUAUGACUAUGAGAAUGCCUGAUCCAUGACACUUCACUGUCUUGUUUCCUGUGCAUCUUGCUUGUAUCGUUACAUAUUGCCCUGCCUCAGGCAAGGCUUUGUUCUGAAACAUGCCAGGCCUGGAAUAAACCUUAUUUCAAGCACCUGCAGUUUUUCUGUUCCUCCCAAUUUAAAAACAAAAGAGGAAGCAGAAAAGGGAUCUUAUCCUAUGAGGGAACCCACAAGGAGGCUGAGGUCCCUUCAUGUAGCGCCAAGCUGUGGUUUGGCUCUGCAUCUGAACUCACCCCCAUCAUUGUCAGGACGAGUUUGCCUGGAAAUGCAGACGCCUGCCUCCUUACAGUUUGGAACAUGACUUUUGAACAACCGGGGGAGCUUUUCAGGGACGCAAGCUCGAAACAGGAACUGUGGGGAAAUCCAUAGUUGCUACCUUUUUAAAACAAUUUUUAGAAAAGUGUUUUCCAGCCUAGUUUCUAACCAUGGCAGAUUGUGGUUGUUCUCAGAAGGGGCCAGCGUAAGAGUGGGGAGCCUGUGGCCUACGAGUUGUUGCUGGACCACACCUCCCAUCGGCCUUGUCUGUUGGCCAUUCUGUUGUGGGCUGAUGGGAGUUGGAGGCCAAGAGCCACGCCUGGGCUAAUGGUCUUUAAUGCAGAACAUCUCUCAGAAUGGCAAUUCACAGAGCUCCUUAGAAGAAGCUAUGGCAAUUCAAGGGUGAUAGCAUGAAUGUGCCCAGAAGAUGCUGAUGUGAGAGAAGAGCAAGAAUAUGGUGGCCCAUCCCGUGUUGAAGUAGGGGUUACCACCCACAUCAACCAACGAGCCCAGGCCUCUGCUCAAAGGAUGGGUCUCUUCACAUGAGUAGAUCUGGCCUUUGAGGUGCAGCAAAAAACAGGUGCCAGGUCAGCCAGCCUGGUUAGGUUGGCCUCAUUCAGUGUUGGCGUAGGUGUUACUUCCCAGGUGCUUUUUCGCUGCUGUUCUGUUGGUCAGUGCUCGAAAUGCCAAGUUGAGACCCUGGCCUUGAGGGACAGAAAUGGGAAUAGGAAGCAUUUGUGAACGGAGAGAAGUCUCCAUCCAGUUCUUAACAGGGUUCCUAUUCAUUUACUCCAGGUGUGGGGAAACUUUAGCCCUCCAGAUGUUCCUGAGCUACAACUCCCAUGUUUCCUUGCCAUUCGCCAGGCUUGGUGGAGCUGAUGGGAGUUGUAGUUCAUCAACAUCUGGAGGGCCAAGGAUUCUCCACACCUGAUUUAGUGUGGCAAUAUUUGCCUGUCAAGUUAUUUGCGAAAAGCUGUGUAGCUUCUCUCUCCCAAUACAGCGUCACCACUCUGGACAAUUCUGUGAAAUGGAUGAUAACUUGCGUUAUACAGAGUUGGUGAAUGUCUGGGUAGUGCCUCAUUCUAAUCCAUUAUGCUACACUGGUCCUCUUGGGUAUCUGUAAAGGAUUUUUGUGUAUUAAGCUUUUUUUUUAGUUAGCAUUUUCACCAUGUUUAUGCGUAUUUAUCUGUAAUUCUUGUGUUUACAAGCCAGUUUGAAUGUUAUCUUUUAGUGCUGUAAAUAGGAAGAGAGAUUGUUUUUCUUUCCCAUGUUUGGUACAUCUGAAUGUUUGGUCACAGGUUGCAUUUUAGUUCUCAUGUGUGCUAGGCAAUGCCUUAUGCACAGCAGUAAACGUGCAUCCUAUUGUCCUGACAUCCUGGUGUGCUCAGGAGCUGCUUUUGUGCACUUUUGAAUGCAGGUCUGUUGGGAAUUUGUACUUGUGCUUGUGUGCACUGCUUCGAUUUGCAAAAGAUAUAUUUCCAUGAAUACUCAUGGCUGGAAUAGUCUCCUGCGACAGCAGAAGCAGAAUGUGUGAACUGCUUCGGCCCCCAUCUCUUCCUCUGAUGCUCACAUCCCACAAGGGCUGGUGUUGGGCAGAUGUGCAGCUUUGUAAUGAAAUGCAUCACCUGUCCCUUGGAGUGCUAGCUGUCGCUGUCAUCAGCAGGUGCAGAGGACAGGUGAGUGUGCUCAGUCUCACAAUUUAGGUGCUGCCUGCCAAAGACAAUGGGUGUCUCUCUUAUUGUCAUUAAAUUUGUUUUGCUAAGGGUUCCCCCACCUCCAAUGACAGCAAUUAGGGAAUUAGGAUUUUAGAUGUUUCUUUUAGCAAGCCCUACCUCACCUCCUCACAUAAUUCCCAUUGUUGCUUUGCAGGGGGAUGAGGGCAUGGGCGGGAAGCGCAGGGCAAAGGCCUUGCUUGUGGGUUAAUGGACUGGAGCAUAAACAUCCCAGUGUUUUGAGAAACAAGCUUUAUUAAACACUUGAAAAGACUAUCAGUGACUUGAACAAACAAGAAGAUGUGAGCUUCCUGCUUGCUGACUGGAAAUGGGGAGAAUUUGUACCAUUAAAUAAAUACCUUUAUUACAAAGAG